AAGGAAAAAGUGAAGUGGGAGUCCAAAUCAAACCAUUCACAUCAGCUGUUCAAUGUACAAAUUGCAACUGAGAGCAACAAAGCAAAAACAACGCAAUCUAGCUGUCUGUGAUUGUUGCAUCCAGUUGCAGUAACUCCUAGCUGUGUGUGUAUGGUUUGUUUUGGAGGAAGGAAACCGAGAAAAAUAAGGCAAAGGGGGAACCCCUAGCAGUCUGGUUUUUCUGUUCUAGAUCGUAGUGUCUUACCAUUUAAAGGCAAGUGAACGCUCUAGCUGUUUUGAAGCAUCAUUUCCCACGUUGGUCAUUCAACCAAAAAGCUUCCUUUCAACCCAGGCGACCUAGUUGCGUGUAAGUUUUUCUCCUGUUCGACCGCUUGCACAAAGCUAAUUCGAAGAAAAUACAACAAAGGUUUCUUGUGUUGUGAAUUAUGAAGAGGUUCAGCAGCUCAGAUUCAGUGGGCGCUUUGGUCUCCAAUUUCCCAUCAAAAGAGGAGGGGAAGCUUGCAAAGGACAGCUAUGGUUAUAGCAAGGAGUUGCAGGCAAUGUUAGAUUCGUUAAACCAAGAAGAUGUUGAGGAAGAAAUGUCAGGGAAGAAAAGGCGGUUGAAUUCGGAGCAGGUCAAGGCAUUGGAGAGAAACUUUGAGGUUGAGAACAAGUUAGAGCCAGAAAGGAAGGUCAAACUGGCAGAGGAAUUAGGCCUGCAACCGAGACAAGUGGCAAUUUGGUUUCAAAACCGCCGCGCACGGUGGAAGACUAAGCAGUUGGAAAGAGACUACAGCAUCCUCAAAACCGACUAUGAUGGUUUAAAGCUCAACUUUGAUAGCCUUGAGAGACAGAAUAAAGCUCUUGCUGAAAAGCUAAGCCAGUUAAAAGCAAAGCUGUACGGAGAGAGUGCACAGAGGAAUGAUUCUGUGAAGGAAGAAUCACCAAUUUCAACGUGCAAAAGCAGUGAAAAUUUAGAGGUGGAUUUAAUCAAGAACUUGAAAUCCAAAGAUGGCUCAUCAGAUAGUGAUUCAAAUGGCGUUCUUACGAAGGAAGAGAGCAAUGGAAAUUCAUCUCUUGGAUUUAAUAAUAAUAGAAAUUCAAUUUCUUCAAAUUCCAUGGUGAAUUGGUUUCAAUUAUCAGACUCCAGAUCAGUGGGUGGAAAAGGAUUUCAAGCUCAGACUGUGAGGAUGGAGGAGCAGAGUUUUUUCAGCACAGAUGAGUCCUGCAAUUUCUUUUCAGUUGAUCAAGCUCCAAGUCUUCAUUGGUAAAUCUGCUGAGCAGUAAAAAUAGUUGGACCUUUAUUUAAAAGUUUUUUAAUAUGAUCUCAUAAAAAUUGAAUUUUGUAAUUUAGAAGCAAAAAUAUCCAAGGUAAAGCUUUCUAUUGGCCACAUCAACAAAUUAUUAGUUUGCACAUUUUCUGCUUAAUUUUAAAUUAUAGUAUUGGACUUUUGGUGCAACUGCUGUUAAAAUUUGAAAGUUUCUUUUCA